AUGCCACUUCUACGCGUACUCUCCGCUUCAAGAGCACACGCCAGCCGGGUCCUGUUUGUUUACGAAGGUAUGCAUGUGGACUUGUGCCCGUAUGUGUGUAUGCUUAAGAGUCGGUGAAGGAGGACAAUCUAUCUUAUUGUCUGCCAAGGUCAUUUUAGUUUGGCUAGCUCUCUGUGUGUUGACGUCCUCCAGCUUAAGCUACAACCCACCGCUGUCUCGUUGAAAUUCCUUAUUUAGCCUGUAAUCGUGGUUGUCCAGCUUUGAUUUAUUUUUCUAAACCCUAUUACGAGGUCUCAACCUGUCAAUAUUUAUAUAAAACACCACCUAAACGAGGCCAUGCUGCACUAGUUUUACCUCACCCUGCAAACAAGGGUGAAGUGUAAACCCCGCCCACCUAACUUCUUAUUCGAUGAGGUUUAACGGCGGUUGGCAGCCAAUAAAUGAUGCAUUACCACCAUUUUACAUGUUUAGUCAUUUAGCUCUUAUCCAGAGCGACUUAUAGUUAGUGAGUGUAUACAUUUUCAUACUGGCCCCCCGUGGGAAACGAACCCACAACCCUGGCGUUGCAAGCGCCAUGCUCUACCAACUGAGCAAUGGGGGACUACAACUAGACUGGAGUAUAAAUCCCUUAUACUUUGCUAUAAAAAAUAAAACAAAUACCCUACCAUCUAGUACUACACUCACAAUUUUUUUUUACAUAUUUAAAACAUAACUAUAAUAAUAACAACUACCAUACUCCACUAUUGAAAUCUAUUUAUUCCUACUUCAUGCCUGAAAGGAUGGGACACCACCACCUAACAAACCCUUUAAACUUUUCUGAUGUAAUGUCUCACACAACCAAAUACCUCUCUGCAGCUGCCACCACAACCUCUAUUUUCUACGACUUACAUUCCAUCCCUGCAGUACAGUUGAUAACCAUUUCUAUAAAUGCCAAAAAUCCAAUCUUACUGAAACAUAUCACUUGUUGGUUUAUCCCUCUGUACUGGUACAGAUCUACUACUCACACCAUUCCUCUCAGGAUCCCUCCCCCUUGACCCAUCUUCCUCUACUUUCUUCACUGCCUCCGCAUAUGACAACUUCUGCACUACUCUAACCCUGGAAACCUCAACCUGCCUCUCUCGCACCGGACAUUUCGGAUCCCCAGCCCCAUGGUCACCCCUACAAUUAACACAUACCACUACUUUCCCCAAUGCUACACAUUCCUUUGUCUCAUGCCCUUCUGCACACUUCUCACACCUCCCUCCUAUACACACUGCUGCCACAUGGCCAUAAUCUUGACACCUGUAACAACGUAAUGUAUUCGGCACAAAAGCUCGUACCGGAUAACUUAUAUCCUAACAUCACUUUGUCGGGCAAAGACUCAACAUCAAAACUCAAAAGAACAGACAAUGACUCUUCUGUUUCUCCACUCACGCCACCAGGUUUGUGUCGCACCAAACGACGAGCAUCACAAACACCAGGAAUCUUCCCCUUGGUCAGCUUUCACAUUUACCGCUACCCCAGUAAUCACGGCUUUCAAUGGUGCCCUUUUCUUAAGAGCAAAACAAUUUACAUUUCUUGUCCCCAUUCGUUUAACACGGAGCGUCUGCUCCCUCUGACCAGCAGAAACACAAACAAUUAUCACUAGACCACUUCUGGUUACCCGAUUCUACAGUACCCAACUCUGUUUUCACCCACCCUGAAACCACAAAUGGAUCAGCCAAAAGGCAAGGGUCCACUUUUUCCAAAAACGUCACUCCUAUUGUCACAGACUCCUCUUUAUCCUGACCCUCAUUACUAUGCUAUAAUAAUGUUUGCGAAGCUAGCCUGAAAAUAGUUUACCAAGCUACCAGUUAAUUCACACUGGAAGAAGUUCAGCUACACUAAAACUACCCUUAAGAAAAAUAUAGUUUACUUAACUAAAGUUACUUUGAAAAAGUAGUUCACUACAUCCAAACUACUUUGUGAAAAAACAUGGUCACAGAGCAUUUUUAUUAUUCUGUAGGUAAAUCUGAGACACAUCAUUUAGUAUGAUAUAUUACGUUUUUUGUAUGGUAUGUAUUAAUUUGUGGAUGUCCAUCAUCCAUUUCGGAUGAUAUGUUACGAAUUACAAUUUGUACAAUAUGAUACAAAAUUGCAAUUCGUAUGAUAUGAUACGAAAUUGCAAUUCGUACGAUAUGAUACGAGAUUGCAAUUCGUACGAUAUGAUACGAGAUUGCAAUUCAUACGAUAUUGCAAUUCGUACGAUAUAAGUUGUCCUUGAUGAGAUUAUAACACGCAACCAUGCUAGACGUUUCAUUGUAGAUUACUAAUAGAUUACUUUGGGGUCAUAAUUUAUCCUAUGUUUCAAGUCAGAAUUUGGCAGGUCUUAUUUUUUUAUUUUACCUUUAUUUAACUAGGCAAGUCAGUUAAGAACAAAUUCUUAUUUACAAUGACGGCCUACACCAGCCGACGCUGGGCCAAUUGUGCACCGCCCUAUGGGACUCCCAAUCACGGCCGGUAGUGAUACAGCCUGGAAUCGAACCAGGGAGUCUGUAGUGACGCCUUUUAAGCACUGAGAUGCAGUGCCUUAGACCACUGCGCCACUAACAUUUAUGCUGAAAAAGAAAGGAAAUGAUUGCCUACUUCACCCAUAUUUUAUUUUAGCAAAAAAAGUAGUUUGUAGUAGUAAGUUACACGGUAAAAAAAGUUAUUAACUACUGAAAACACUACCUAGACUUGAAUUAGUUCAACUACCACUAAACUACUGCAAAAUUGUGUUAAAUUACUAGUUGAACUACAUAUAGUUCACUACUCCCAACACUGAUAAUAAUGUCCUGUUUGUAAAAUGUUUUUUUGUGUCGUGUGCUUUGUAAACAUACAGUUAAUGUGAAACUCAAAAUGCGUUCAAGAUUCCCAUCACACUAAUUUCCAUGCUGGCCUCAUUUACUAAUUUGAUGCCAGUAAAUAAGGAAAAUUCAUCACUGUUUGACUGUAAACUAGAGCACUGGAAACUACCCGUGGCCCCAUCUGAGCAGUGAUGAUUGAUGAACCAUUGUGGAUGGGAAGAAUGACUGCUCCAGUCAGGUGUUCUGCAUUAUCAUGUCUGAUGGUGUUUGUACUCCCCCACAGCCCUGUGUGUCCGGCAGCAGCACAGUGGUCUAGACUCUGCAGACCGCCACUAUGACAGACUGUACCCAGGCCACAUCCCUACCAACAUCAUCCAGAAAGCACUACUGGCUGUGGGCUCCGGGGUGGCAGCCCUGCAGGACCCCUACAGACAUGGUGAGACGGAUGCCCACUUCCAGUUGUGAUAUGUUUACAUGGGCAUUUACAUAUGUAGGGAGUUUUUAGACAUCAUCAAGAGUAUUAGUGCUGACAAACUCCUUAUUAACCAUGGCCAUAGAUGUACAGUACCAAGAGUUUGGCAAAAUGUAAAUGGUACUCAGUUUGUAUGGCUCUGAUAUUAACCCCAGAGCUCUGGGUCAUUCCAUCAAUUCGGUGCUUUUGAGAUGUUUUGGUGAAAAAAAACUUUUGAUUUCACCUCAUUUUAAUAUUCUGUGAUAAAGAGCACAUGUUCAACUUAAUAAAAUACACGUUUUCCCAUCUCAAGAGGGAAAAAAAUAAAAUAACUAUAGUAAGUGCCACCAAAUAAAGUAACAGGGUUGACCGUUACUCUUAAAUCAGCAAUAAAUCUCCUUGUGACAGGGGAAAUGGAAGCUUGUUGUGUACAACAGGGAGGGGCAAUUGAAUGCAAAUUAAAAACUUUUUAGACCACCUAUCUAUGGGUAAUAGGGUUGACGUGUUAUGCUCGGCCCACUCAGUUUUCCACCACAAAACACCAGAAAAUUGACAAAAAUAGUAAAACAAGCUCACCUGCUUUUACACUGAUUUGACUAUUAGAUGUUCAAUGUUUCUUUUGAAAAAACUAUUUAAAAAGGAAUAGGGUCACCAUAUUCAAACGAGAGUUCAGUUCUCGUAACAGGGUUGACCUUUAAUACAAGGGACAGGUUGUUUUCUUUACCUUAAAAUGAAUCACUAAUCAUGUUAAAUAAAUAAUAAUAAUCAGAAUUUACUUUGUCAAAGCAACAACAUAACUAGGGCUUUACAAUGAUGGUGAAAACUUAAGUGGAUAAAAAUUUUGUUUAAAAUCUUCCUGGAAGUCACAGAGGGCAGGACAUGUCAAAACAACUUUAACAACUCUUUAUUCAUAUAAAAAUCGGAUUGAUUAAAUUAUCCAUGUGUUCUAUAUUAAUUGGCACUUCAUUGAAUAUAACAGGCUUUUAAAUUCAAUAUUGGUGCACAAUUUCUACUUAAAAUAUCAAAGGGACUCAAAAGGCACUUUAUUUAAUGGAACGACAACAAUACUGAUCCAUAAUGAGUUUGGUGUGGGUGGGGUGUUCCCGAUUUCGUUUUCCUGUCUGCAUUGGAAAUUCAAAGUAGUUGAUUAAGUUUAAUUACUCAGUAAUCGAUACCAAGCGGGGUUAUUUUGUGGUUUUCCUGUGUCAUUUAGAUCCUUCGUUACCAAGUCUGGAAAAACAAGAACAAAAACUGUGAAACUGUGUGAAACAGUCUUAGUGAAACUAGAUGUAAUGUUUGAUUAAAACAAGUUAUUGAAAUUAACUUAAGUUUACUAUUUUGGUGUAACAUACUACACUGCAUUUUUCUCAAUAAAAAUGACCAUAUUUUUCUCACUGUGAUCCCUGUUCCCCAUGUAGACAUGGUGGCCGUUCUCGGCGAGACUACAGGACACCUUGCACUGAUUACGCUCCGGGACAGAAUGAGAGGAGACCCUGAGGGAUAUACAAUUCUAACGUAUGGCACAACCUCUGCUGUCUGUCCUACUCAGUCUUUAUGUCCAUCCUGAUUCCUGAAAUAUACAUCUCUACGAUUGGGAUAAGUUCUGUGGGUACAUGUGUUUGUCCAUGAAUGCUCUUUGGUGUAUGUUUCAUCUAUUGGUGUGUUAGAGAGCGCCCACGGAUCAGGCUAUCCACAUUGGAUCUGUCCAAGAUGGCCUCCCUUCCAGAUGGAUCCUUAGGGAGAGAGUACUUGCGUUUCCUUGAGGACAAUGUGAGUUUGUGAAGGUCAUUGAUCUCUUUGCAGAGGGAGUGUAGUGGUUUUUGUAGUGUAUUUGCUUAUCCUCAUUUCGCUCUCCCGUCUCUCUCUCUCUUUCUCAGAGGGUGACCCCUGACUCGAGGACAAAUGUGAAGUUUGUAGAUAAUGAGGAGUUGGCAUACGUCAUGCAGAGAUACAGAGAGGUCCACGAUUUACUGCACACCUUACUAGGCAUGCCCACUAACAUGCUAGGUGAGUCUGCCACCAUAGAAGUAGGAUUCAUCGAUUACAUACAGUGAGCUCCAAAAGUAUUGGGAUGGUGAACAUUUUUGGUUUGUUUUUGCUCUACUCCUGCACUACUCUAGAUACAAUGACUACGACAUUAAAGUGCAGACAGUCAGCUUUAAUUUGAGGGUAUUUUCAUCCAUAUCAGGUGAACCGUUUAGAAAUUAUAGCACUUUUUGUACAUACAAAUUUUUUUGUACAUAGUGUAUUCAUACCUCUUGACUUAUUCCACAUUUUGUUGUGUUACAGCCUGAAUUCAAAAUUGAUUAAAUAUAUUUUUUUCUUACCCAUCUACACACAAUACCCCAUAAUGACAAAGUGAAAACAUGUUUUUAGAAUUAUUUGGCACAUACAGUGGGGAAAAAAAUUAUUUAGUCAGCCACCAAUUGUGCAAGUUCUCCCACUUAAAAAGAUGAGAGAGGCCUGUAAUUUUCAUCAUAGGUACACGUCAACUACGACAGACAAAAUGAGAAAAAAAUUUCCAGAAAAUCACAUUAUAGGAUUUAUAAUGAAUUUUUUAACAAAUUAUGGUGGAAAAUAAGUAUUUGUUCAAUAACAAAAGUUUCUCAAUACUUUGUUAUGUACCCUUUGUUGGCAAUGACACAGGUCAAACGUUUUCUGUAAGUCUUCACAAGGUUUUCACACACUGUUGCUGGUAUUUUGGCCCAUUCCUCCAUGCAGAUCUCCUCUAGAGCAGUGAUGUUUUGGGGCUGUCGCUGGGCAACACGGACUUUCAACUCCCUCCAAAGAUUUUCUAUGGGGUUGAGAUCUGGAGACUGGCUAGGCCACUCCAGGACCUUGAAAUGCUUCUUACGAAGCCACUCCUUCGUUGCCCGGGCGAUGUGUUUGGGAUCAUUGUCAUGCUGAAAGACCCAGCCACGUUUCAUCUUCAAUGCCAUUGCUGAUGGAAGGAGGUUUUCACUCAAAAUCUCACGAUACAUGGCUCCAUUCAUUCUUUCCUUUACACGGAUCAGUCGUCCUGGUCCCUUUGCAGAAAAACAGCCCCAAAGCAUGAUGUUUCCACCCCCAUGAUUCACAGUAGGUAUGGUGUUCUUUGGAUGCAACUCAGCAUUCUUUGUCCUCCAAACACGACAAGUUGAGUUUUUACCAAAAAGUUCUAUUUUGGUUUCAUCUGACCAUAUGACAUUCUCCCAAUCCUCUUCUGGAUCAUCCAAAUGCACUCUAGCAAACUUCAGACGGGCCUGGACAUGUACUGGCUUAAGCAGGGGGACACAUCUUGCACUGCAGGAUUUGAGUCCCUGGCGGCGUAGUGUGUUACUGAUGGUAGGCUUUGUUACUUUGGUCCCAGCUCUCUGCAGGUCAUUCACUAGGUCCCCCCGUGUGGUUCUGGGAUUUUUGCUCACCGUUCUUGUGAUCAUUUUGACCCCAGGGGGUGAGACUUGCGUGGAGCCCCAGAUCGAGGGAGAUUAUCAGUGGUCUUGUGUGUCUUCCAUUUCCUAAUAAUUGCUCCCACAGUUGAUUUCUUCAAACCAAGCUGCUUACCUAUUGCUGAUUCAAUCUUCCCAGCCUGGUGCAGGUCUACAAUUUUGUUUCUGGUGUCCUUUGACAGCUCUUUGGUCUUGGCCAUAGUGGAGUUUGGAGUGUGACUGUUUGAGGUUGUGGACAGGUGUCUUUUAUACUGAUAACAAGUUCAAACAGGUGCCAUUAAUACAGGUAACGAGUGGAGGACAGAGGAGCCUCUUAAAGAAGAAGUUACAGGUCUGUGAGAGCCAGAAAUCUUGCUUGUUUGUAGGUGACCAAAUACUUAUUUUCCACCAUAAUUUGCAAAUAAAUUCAUAAAAAAUCCUACAAUGUGAUUUUCUGGAAAAAAAAAUCUCAAUUUGUCUGUCAUAGUUGACGUGUACCUAUGAUGAAAAUUACAGGCCUCUCUCAUCUUUUUAAGUGGGAGAACUUGCACAAUUGGUGGCUGACUAAAUACUUUUUUUCCCCCACUGUAUCUAAUUUACAUUAUUAUUCACACCCUGAGUCGAAACAUGUUAGAAUACCCUUUGGCAGCGAUUACAACUGUGACUCUUUCUUGGUAAGUCUCAGAGCUUUGCACACCUGGAUUGUACAAUAUUUGCACAUUCUUUUUAUUAUUUAAAACAUUCUUUAAGCUCUGUCAAGUUGGUUGUUGAUCAUUGCUAGACAGCCAUUUUCAAAUCUUGCCAUAGAUUUUGUAGGAGAUUUAAAUAAAAACUGUAACUAGGCCACUCAGGAACAUUCAAUAUCGUCUUGGUAAGCAACUCUAGUGUAUAUUUGGCUUUGUGUUUUAGGUUAUUGUCCUGCUGAAAGGUGAAUUUGACUCCUAGUGUCUGUUGGAAAGCAGACAAUCAGGUUUUCCUCUAGGAUUUUGCCUGUGCCCAGCUUUAUUCAGUUUAUUUUUAUCCUAACAAAACUGCCUACUCCUUGCCAAUAACAAGCAUACCCAUAACAUGAUACAGCCACCACCAUGCUUGAAAAUAUGAAGAGUGGUACUCAGUGAUGUGUUGUUGGAUUUGCCCCAAACAUAACGCUUUGUAUUCAGGACAUAAAGUUUAUUUCUUUGCCAAAUUGUUUGCAGUUUUACUUUAGUACCUUGUUACAAACACGAUGCAUGUUGUGGAAUAUUUGUAUUCUGUACAGGCUUCUUUUUCUGGAGUAACUACAAUGUUGUUGAUCCAUCCGUUUUCUCCUAUCACAGCCAUUAAACUAUGUAACUGUUUUUAAGUCAUCAUUGGCCUCAUGGUGAAAUCCCUGAGUGUUUUCCUUCCUGUCUGGCAACUGAGUUUGGAAGGACGCCUGUAUCUUUGUAGUGACUGGGUGUACUGAUGCACUAGGGUGUAUUGAUCAAAGUGUCACUAAUAACUUCACCAUGCUCAAAGGGAUAUUCAAUUUCUGCUUUUUUUUACUUUUACCCAUCUACCAAUAUGUGUACUUCUUUGCGAGGCAUUGGAAAAGCUCCCUGGUCUUUGUGGUUGAAUUUGUGUUUGAAAUUCACUGCUCGACUGAGGGACCUUACAGAUAAUUAUAUGUGUGGGGUACAGAGAUGAGGUAGUCAUAAAAAAUUAUUGCACCCAGUGACUUGUUAAGCAAAUUUUUACUCCUGUACUUAUUUAGGCUUGCCAUAACAAAGGGGUUGAAUACUUAUUGACUCAAGACAUUUGAGCUUUUCUUUUUUUAUUAAUUUAUAACAAUUUUGAAAACAUAAUUCCACUGACAUUAUGGGGUGUUGUGUGUAGCGAGUGACACAUUUUUUUCUCAAUUUAAUCAAUUUUAAAUUCAGGCUGUAACACAACAAACUGUGGAAAAAAUAAAGGUGUGUGAAUAUAUAUACACUGCUCAAAAAAAUAAAGGGAACACUAAAAUAACACAUCCUAGAUCUGAAUGAAUGAAAUAAUCUUAUUAAAUACUUUUUUCUUUACAUAGUUGAAUGUGCUGACAACAAAAUCACACAAAAAUUAUCAAUGGAAAUCAAAUUUAUCAACCCAUGGAGGUCUGGAUUUGGAGUCACCCUCAAAAUUAAAGUGGAAAACCACACUACAGGCUGAUCCAACUUUGAUGUAAUGUCCUUAAAACAAGUCAAAAUGAGGCUCAGUAGUGUGUGUGGCCUCCACGUGCCUGUAUGACCUCCCUACAACGCCUGGGCAUGCUCCUGAUGAGGUGGCGGAUGGUCUCCUGAGGGAUCUCCUCCCAGACCUGGACUAAAGCAUCCGCCAACUCCUGGACAGUCUGUGGUGCAGCAUGGCGUUGGUGGAUGGAGCGAGACAUGAUGUCCCAGAUUGCUCAAUUGGAUUCAGGUCUGGGGAACGGGCGGGCCAGUCCAUAGCAUCAAUGCCUUCCUCUUGCAGGAACUGCUGACACACUCCAGCCACAUGAGGUCUAACAUUGUCUUGCAUUAGGAGGAACCCAGGGCCAACCGCACCAGCAUAUGGUCUCACAAGGGGUCUGAGGAUCUCAUCUCAGUACCUAAUGGCAGUCAGGCUACCUGUGGCGAGCACAUGGAGGGCUGUGCGGCCCCCAAAGAAAUGCCACCCCACACCAUGACUGACCCACCGCCAAACCGGUCAUGCUGGAGGAUGUUGCAGGCAGCAGAACGUUCUCCACGGCGUCUCCAGAAUCUGUCACGUCUGUCACAUGUGCUCAGUGUGAACCUGCUUUCAUCUGUGAAGAGCACAGGGCGCCAGUGGCGAAUUUGCCAAUCUUGGUGUUCUCUGGCAAAUGCCAAACGUCCUGCACGGUGUUGGGCUGUAAGCACAACCCCCACCUGUGGACGUCGGGCCCUCAUACCACCCUCAUGGAGUCUGUUUCUGACCGUUUGAGCAGACACAUGCACAUUUGUGGCCUGCUGGAGGUCAUUUUGCAGGGCUCUGGCAGUGCUCCUCCUGCUCCUCCUUGCACAAAGGCGGAGGUAGCAGUCCUGCUGCUGGGUUGUUGCCCUCCUACGGCCUCCUCCACGUCUCCUGAUGUACUGGCCUGUCUCCUGGUAGCGCCUCCAUGCUCUGGACACUACGCUGACAGACACAGCAAACCUUCUUGCCACAGCUCGCAUUGAUGUGCCAUCCUGGAUGAGCUGCACUACCUGAGCCACUUGUGUGGGUUGUAGACUCCGUCUCAUUCUACCACUAGAGUGAAAGCACCGCCAGCAUUCAAAAGUGACCAAAACAUCAGCCAGGAAGCAUAGGAACUGAGAAGUGGUCUGUGAUCACCACCUGCAAAACCAGUCCUUUAUUGGGGGUGUCUUGCUAAUUGCCUAUAAUUUCCACCUGUUGUCUAUUCCAUUAGCAUAACAGCAUGUGACAUUUAUUGUCAAUCAGUGUUGCUUCCUAAGUGGACAGUUUGAUUUCACAGAAGUGUGAUUGACUUGGAGUUACAUUGUGUUCCCUUUAUUUUUUUGAGCAGUGUAUUUUUUUUUUUACCCCCUUUUUCUCCCCAAUUUCGUGAUAUCCAAUUGCGAUCUUGUCUCAUAGCUGCAAGUUCCCAACGGGUUCGGGAGAGGCGAAGGUUGAGUCAUGCGUCCUCCGAAACAUGACCUGCCAAAAUUGCGCUUCUUAACACCCGCCCGCUUAACCCGGCAGCCAGCCGCACCAAUGUGUCGGAGGAAACACCUUUCAACUGAAGUCAGCCUGCAGGCACCCGGCCCGCCACAAGGAGUCGCUAGAGCGUGAUGAGCCAAGUAAAGCCUCCCCGGCCAAACCCUCCCCUAACCCGGGCCAAUUGUGCAUCGCCCUACGGGACUCCCGGUCAUGGCCGGUUGUGACACAGCCUGGGAUCAAACCCAGGUCUGUAGUGACGCCUCAAGCACUGCAAUGCAGUGCCUUAGACAGCUCCGCACCCGGGAGGCGGGUGUGAAUACUUUCUGAAGGCACUGUAGUCCCUCCAUUUGCCAAAUGCGCCUAAUACAACAGCUGUAGACAUUACAGUGAAAUGCUUACUUACAAGCCCAUAACCAACAAUGCAUUUUAAGAAAAUAAAAUAUAAAUAGCAAAUAAUUAAAGAGCAGCAGUAAAAUAAAAUAACAGUAGGGAGAUUAAAUACAGGGGGUACCGGUACAGAGUCAAUGUGCGGGGUCACCGGUUAGUCGAGGUAAUUGAGGUAAUAUGUACAUGUGGGUAGAGUUAAGUGACUAUGCAUAAAUAAUAAACACAGUAGCAGCAGUGUAAAAGAGGGGGUUGGGGUGGGGUGGGGUGGGGGGCAAUGCAAAUAGUCCGGGUAGCCAUGAUUAGCUGUUCAGGAGUCUUAUCGCUUGGGGGUAGAAGCUGUUAAGAAGCCUUUUGGACCUAGACUUGGCGCUCCAGUACCGUUUGCCGUGCGGUAGCAGAGAGAACAGUCUAUAACUAGGGUGGCUGGAGUCUUUGAUCAUUUUUAGGGCCUUCCUCUGACACCGCCUGGUAUAGAGGUCCUGGAUGGCAGGAAGCUUGGCCCCAGUGAUGUACUGGUCCGUAAGCACUACCCUCUGUAGUGCCUUGCGGUCGGAGGCUGAGCAGUUUCCAUACCAGGCGGUGAUGCAACCAGUCAGGAUGCUCUCAAUUGUGCAGCUGUAGAAGUUUUUGAGGAUCUGAGGACCCAUGCCAAAUCUUUUUAGUCUCCUGAGGGGGAAUAGGCUUUGUCGUGCCCUCUUCACGACUGUCUUAGUGUGUUUGGACCAUGAUAGUUUGUUGGUGAUGUGGACACCAAGGAACUUGACGCUCUCAACCUGUUCCACUACUGCCCCGUCGAUGAGAAUGGGGGCGUGCUCAGUCCUCUUUUUUUUCUGUAGUCCACAAUCAUCUCCUUUGUUUUGAGCACGUUGAGGGAGAGGUUGUUAUCCUGGCACCACACGGCCAGGUCUCUGACCUCCUCCCUAUAGGCUGUCUCAUCAUUGUCGGUGAUCAGGCCUACCACUGUUGUGUCGUCUGCAAACUUAAUGAUGGUGUUGGAGUCGUGCCUGGCCAUGCAGUCAUGGGUGAACAGGGAGUACAGGAGGGGACUGAGCACGCACCCUUGAGGGGCCCCCGUUUUGAGGAUCAGCAUGGCAGAUGUGUUGUUACCUAACCUUACCACCUGGGGGCGGCCCGUCAGGAAGUCCAGGAUCCAGUUACAGAGGGAGGUGUUUAGUGAUGAGCUUUGAGGGCACUAUGAUGUGGAACGCUGAGCUUUAGUCAAUGAAUAGCAUUCUCACAUAGGUGUUCCUCUUGUCCAGGUGGGAAAGGGCAGUGUGGAGUGCAAUAGAGAUUGCAUCAUCUGUGGAUCUGUUGGGGCGGUAUGCAAAUUGGAGUGGGUCUAGGGUUUCUGGGAUAAUGGUGUUGAUGUGAGCCAUGACCAGCCUUUCAAAGCACUUCACGGCUACAGCCGUGAGUGCUACAGGUCGGUAGUCAUUUAGGCAGGUUAUCUUAGUGUUCUUGGGCACAGGGACUAUGGUGUUCUGCUUGAAACAUGUUGAUAUUACAGACUCAGUCAGGGACAUGUUGAAAAUGUCAGUGAAGACACUUGCCAGUUGGUCAGCGCAUGCUCGGAGUACACGUCCUGGUAAUCCGUCUGGCCCUGCGGCCUUGUGAAUGUUGACCUGUUUAAAGGUCUUACUCACAUCGGCUAUAGAGAGCUUGAUCACAUAGUCAUCCGGAACAGCUGAUGCUCUCAUGCAUGCUUCAGUGUUGCUUGCCUCGAAGCGAGCAUCGAAGUGAUUUAGCUCGUCUGGUAGGCUUGUGUCACUGGGCAGCUCGCGGCUGUGCUUCCCUUUGUAGUCUGUAUUCGUUUUUAAGCCCUGCCACAUCCAACGAGCGUCAGAGCCGGUGUAGUACGAUUAAAUCUUAGUCCUGUAUUGACUCUUUGCCUGUUUGAUGGCUUGUCGGAGGGCAUAGCGGGAUUUCUUAUAAGCGUCCGGGUUAGAGUCCCACUCCUUGAAGGCGGCAGCUCUACCCUUUAGCUCAGUGCGGAUGUUGCCUGUAAUCCAUGGCUGCUGGUUGGGGUAUGUACGUACGGUCACUGUGGUGACGACGUCAUCGAUGCACUUAUUGAUGAAGCCAGUGACUGAUGUGGCGUACUCCUCAAUGCUAUCGGAAGAAUCCCGGAACAUAUUCCAGUCUGUGCUAGCAAAACAGUCCUGUAGCUUAGCAUCUGCGUCAUCUGACCACUUCCUUAUUAAUCAAGUCACUGGUGCUUCCUGCUUUAAUUUAAUUGUUUAUAAGCAGGAAUCAGGAGGAUAGAGUUAUGGUCAGAUUUGCCAAAUGGAGGGCGAGGGAGAGCUUUGUAGGGGACCAAAAGACUUGGGAGACAUUUAAGUAGUCAAAGGUUUAGUAUUUGGUCCCAUAUUCUUAGUACACAACGAUUACAUCAAGCUUGUGACUCUACAAACUUGCUGGAUGCAUUUGCUGUUUGUUUAGGUUGUGUUUCAGAUUAUUUUGUGGCCAAUAGAAAUUAAUGGUAAAUAAUGUGUUGUGUCAUUUUGGAGUCACUUUUAUUGUAAAUAAGAAUAUAAUGUUUCUAAACACUUCUACAUUAAUGUGGAUGCUACUAGUCUUGGGCGGUAUACUGUAUAUCGGGGUAUUUGGAAAAAGCCACAGGAUGGUUUUUCAAUACCAUCAAUGCCAUUGAAAUGAUUUAUUUUACAUUUUUUAUACAUUUGAAUAUUUGUAGAUACUUUUUAAGUAAACACCUGCAGUCAACUUGUGUAAUACUUUAGGAGAUAAAGAACAUUGCGUUCUUCAUUUCACCUGUCACAUUAUUAUGUAGCUUGUCGUAGUCGCCAGUCACGUGUCACGUGGUGUUUGUAUACAAGCACACAACAUGAGAGACCAGAGACUUGUGAGUCACUCACUGUUGGUGCAGCACGCGUCAGGUGAUCUAAGUACAGUAUGGAAUUCACAACUAAAUGUUUGCCAGCUAGAUACAGUAUCUUAUAACUAUUAAGUUAACUGUCUAAAAUCUGCUAAAUGCUCUGCAGUUGUGAAUUUGGUUUGCUAAUUUAGUAGCUAAUUCGCUAUCUAGCUAAGUGGUUAGCUUCUUCCAAAAUCAAUCAUUCACUUGGUACUGUAACAGCAGAUAAUCCCCUCCUAGAUCAAGAGCCUUGCUGGCUAAUAUUUGUUUUGUGCAUGCAGCAACUGUAAGUAGAAUUUAUUUGUUACUUUUAUACUUGUAUAGUUUAGGUCAGAAACUACAAAAUGUUCGCAAUGCGCUCGUUAGCAUUUAGUUAGCAUUCUCUAUGAGGAUCCCUUAGUACUUUUAGCAUUUUGUUAGCAUUCUGGUAAGUCACAUUUCUUGGGCUUUGAAUAUUAGUACUUUUUAAAUAAAUACCUGCAGUCAACUAGUGCACUAGGUAAUAGAUAAAGCCGAUCGUGUUCAUCAUUUCGCCAUUAGAUAUUUUUUCAUUAUGAAGAUUUUUCAUUAUGAAGCUUACCAGUACUAGUUUCCCAAAACAGCAGUUUGAGCCAGUCACAUGUGUUUGUUUACAAAUAAGCACAAUGAGCAAAAUGGUAGCUUCUUGAGGUGAGUCAUCUCUGCAGCGCAACUUAAGUGAGGGGAUCAAGUAACACUUGUAUGAAAUUCACUACUAAUGUUUGCCAACUAUAUAUCUCAUAACUAUUAAGUUCACUAUCUAAGAUGUGCAAAAUAUAUUCUCUCCAGCUAGGUUUUGCUAACUUGCUAAUGUUAGUUAAGUGGCUUGCAAGGUCAAGCUUCUUGGAAACAGCAACAGAGACAGUUCUCUCCUGGAUUAAGAUAUUUGUUUUGUGCGUGCUGUGUUUUGAGAUAAUUACAUAACUUUAUGUGCUGGGUUGUCUGUCCUAGUAGUAAAUGUUUACAUGCGCUCGUUAGCAUUUACCUAGCAUCCGCUAUGAUAAUUCCAUAGUACUUGUUAGCAUUUUGUUAGCAUUCUGAUAAGUGAUGUUUUUUGGGCUUGUUUUACGCUUGAAAAAAACAUUGUGCCCUUUGUGUGCACUGCUGGUAAUACCGUAUAUCCCGGGAUGGUACAAAUGGAUACUGCCCAACCCAAGAUGAUACCAUGGUUACGGAUAGUCCUGAAUGAAUCAUGAAUAAUGAGUGAGAAAGUUAGACGCACAAAUAUCAUACACCCCCCCCCCAAAAAAAAUGCUAACCUCCCCUGUUAUUGUAAUGGUGAGAGGUUAGCAUGUCUUGGGGGUAUGAUAUUUGUGCGUCUAACUUUCUCAUUAUUCACGAUUCAUUCAGGACUAUCCGUAAUCAUGGUAGCAUCCACAUUAAUGUAGAAGUGUUUAGAAACAUAUUCGAUUCUUAUUUACAAUAAAUGUGACUCCAAAAUGACACAAUACAUUAUUUACCAUUCAUUUCUAUUGGGUACAAAAUAAUAAUCUGAAACACAACCAAAACAAACAGCAAAUGCAUCCAUCAAGGUUGUAGAGUAACAAGCUUGAUGUAAUCAUUGCGUGCUAGGAAUAUGGGACCAAGGACUAACCUUUUGGCUACUUUAAUACACAUAAGUGAAUUUGUCUCCUAAAAUGGGUGGACUGUAUACAAAAAGUGGUGUAAUUUCUAAACGGUUCACCCGAUAUGGAUGAAGGUACCCUCAAAUUAAAACGGACAGUCUGCACUUUAAUGCCAGUCAUACAUUUUGGAGCUCAUUGUAUUAUUCUUGUUGCAUAUUACAUUUAAUAAUUUAUCUCAAUCGCUCACUCUCAGGUGAGGUGGCAGUAAAGUGGUUUGAGGCCGUCCAAACUGGCCUGCCCAUGUGCAUCCUGGGAGCAGUGUUGGGACCACUCCGUCUGUCCACAAGGUGCAGCCCCCGUCAGACUCUCCUUUCAGUCAGUUAUGUGACGACACACUUAAUUUCAGUCAGUGCACUCAAUGUAACAUAUUGCUAAGGGAAUACACUGUGUCACGUGAGUCAGGCUGAAGAUGCGAGUCCUUUCAGCAAGAGUAGGAAAGUCAUGUAUUCCAUUAUGAGGUUAGUCUCCCUAGGCAGACGGGUUGCUUCCCACAAUGUUAACAAUAUUCCAGCAUACACGUCUGCACAAAGAUCAGCGUCAGUUGGUCUCAGCCAGAGUCAGAGGAAAUGGACGUGCAGGAAAUUGGGUUUUCUUUAGUCACUGACUUAUCCGCUUGUUGUCCUAGUGUAAACAUCCCCACUGGACAUCAUUUAUUUUUUAUUGUAUUUUUUUUUAGCCCCCUUUUCUCCCCAAUUUUGUCUCAACGCUUCUGUCAUGUUUCUAAGGGGAUUAUUUUUUAUGAGCACAAUUCCCUGCCCUAAUUUUAAGCCCUGUCUACCUAAACUCGUGAUUUUUGGGGGGAGAGUUGUCUAGGUCUGGGAUUUCUGAGACUAUUAGGUGGGACUUUCAGUCUCGUAAAUGACACAUCGCUUUGUAGGUUUUUAAAAUAUAAAUCAAAUUGCAUAUGGAAAUCAAAUACUUCCUGAAAGUGUCAUCAUGAAUUUAAAAGGGGUAUUGUCUGAGUAUUAACAUCAGCUGUAAAUGCUUCCUUCUCUGUUAUACAAUAACUAUUGGCAUCAGUCUGGUAUUUGUAAAGAAAUGUGACUAUUUCUGCCUGACUGUUUCCUUGUGACUCUCCCACAGUCGUCUGGAACCCCUGGUGACGUCCCUGGGACCGUGGGCUGUGAGGAAUGGCCGACAGGCCCGCUGUGUCCUCAGCAUCUUCUACGAGCAACGCUGGGAGCAGAGUCUGCAGGACCUGAGACUGGAGCUGAACAUCGAGCCUCCCCCCUGCUCACCGUCACAGAUUCCAGCCAGAGGACCACAUCAGACUCAUAG